GAACUGGUCCGCUCGGGCCAUCAAGACGUUCGGCAUGGCGGAGCUGGAGGCUCGGAAGCUCAAGUACCCCACCACUGGCACGGAGGCGCUGCUGAUGGGCAUGCUCACAGAAGGCACCAACUACGGGGCGCGCUUCAUGCGUGCCAAUGGCAUCAAGCUGAUGGACCUGCGCGUGAGGACGGUGGAGCUGCUGGGGAAGGCCGACAUGUACUAUUUCAGUGCCGAGCACCCGCCGCUCACUGAGCCCGCCCUGGCUGCCCUGCAGUGGGCCAUCGCCAAGCACAAGGAGCUCGGGCGGACGGGGGAGAUCUCAACGGCGCUCAUCCUGCUGGGCAUCUGGGAGCAGCGCGAGUCUGCCGGCCACAAGCUGCUCGCCCAGCUCGGCUUCCACGACGCCCUCGCCUCGCAACUCACCGCCGAUCUUUCAGCGGUCGCUGCCUAG